CAUUUCCUUGUCGGCUGCUACAUCAUUUCCUUUCACUUCUUCUUCUUCUUCAGGAUUGAAGUCGACGGAGCUUUUUGAGAGAUAGAAAAAUGCUGGACAUCAACCUCUUCAGGGAAGAUAAGGGCCACAACCCUGAGAUUAUACGCGAGUCCCAACGCCGAAGGUUCGCUGAUGUUGAGGUUGUCGACGAGGUUAUUCGUCUCGACAAGGAAUGGAGACAGCGUCAAUUCGAGCUGGACAAUCUCCGGAAAGAUUUUAACCGGAUAAACAAAGGCAUCGCCAAACUCAAGAUAGCUGGUGGGGAUGCAAGCGAGAUGAUUAAAAACACUGAUGAAAACAAGCAGCAGACUGCAGAAAAGGAGAUAGAAGUGCAGGAAGCACGCACUGUAUUAUAUUCAAAGCUGGAAAUAAUUGGAAACCUGGUUCAUGAUUCUGUUCCUGUCAGUAAUGAUGAGGCGAACAAUGCUGUAGUUCGAACUUGGGGGGAGAAGAGAUCAGAACCGAAACUGAAAAAUCAUGUAGAUCUUGUAGAGCUUCUUGGAAUUGCUGACACCAAGAAAGGGACCAACACUGCUGGAGGUAGAGGUUUCUAUCUAAAAGGAGAUGGUGUGCUCCUAAAUCAAGCCCUUAUUAAUUUUGCCCUAGCCUUCUUGGGGAAAAAGAGUUAUGUUCCAUUGCAAACUCCAUUCUUUAUGAGAAAAGACAUCAUGGCAAAGUGUGCUCAAUUAGCUCAGUUUGAUGAAGAACUUUACAAGGUUACCGGAGAGGGGGAAGACAAAUAUCUAAUUGCAACAGCUGAACAGCCCCUCUGUGCAUAUCAUAUAGAUGAUUGGAUCCAUCCAUCUCAAUUACCGAUUAGGUAUGCGGGAUAUUCGUCUUGUUUCCGUAAGGAGGCUGGCUCACACGGUAGAGAUACCCUAGGGAUUUUCCGUGUUCAUCAAUUUGAGAAAGUGGAGCAAUUCUGCAUCACAACCCCUAAUGCCAAUGAUUCCUGGGACAUGCAUGAAGAAAUGAUUAAUAAUUCUGAGGAAUUCUAUCAGCUGCUAAAACUUCCAUAUCAUGUAGUGUCUAUAGUGUCUGGUGCAUUAAAUGAUGCUGCUGCAAAGAAGUAUGAUUUAGAAGCUUGGUUCCCUUCCUCGAGCACUUACAGGGAACUGGUGUCAUGUUCAAACUGUACAGAUUAUCAGUCCAGAAAAUUAGAGAUUCGAUAUGGACAGAAGAAGGGCAAUGAACAAGCGAAGCAAUAUGUACACCUGUUGAAUUCCACUCUCAGUGCAACGGAGAGGACAAUGUGUUGCAUCCUCGAGAAUUAUCAGAGAGAGGAUGGUGUUGAUAUUCCCGAAGUACUUCAACCCUUCAUGGGUGGAAAGACGUUCAUGCCCUUUGUCAACAAGCCAGCCAAAGAAGUGAAAGCAAAGAAGUAAGGUUUUUCUAUGAUUCAGUUAAAAUUGAUCUGCCUUUUGGAUUUUUGUUCCAUCUAUGAAUUAAGGGUAUACUUUUCUUUUUCUUUUUUUAUCAAACACAGUUAUUUAAGUUAGAACUUAAGUACUGAACACAGUUUGCCCAAGUUAUUUUCAACUCAUUAUGGCCAUGGACUUGUUACAUUUGGGAUAUUGUUUGGUUUUCUUAAAAUUUUAAAGUUUGUAUUAAUAAAUUGUCCUGAAUUGCCACAUCUUUCAAUACAAAUACUAGGAAAAGUCUCUACAUGAGACAAAACCCUAAGGUUAUGAUGGUUAA